CCACAGUGGCGAUGGCAACACCGGAAGAGCGGAAGCUGCACGUGUACAACGAAGCGUUGAUGCAUGCGUCAACGUGUCGUCUCUCCGAGUGCUUUGAGUUCGAAGGGAGAUGCCAGAAGAUCCGAUCGUCUAUUCACCACUUCCUCAACUGCUACACGAAACGCCGCACGACGUCGCGCAUUGAUGAGAUCGAGGAGUGCGUUCACUGUGCCAAGAUCUUCCGUCUCCUUUGUUUCCACGCGUCUCACUGCACCAGCUCCAACUGUGUGGUGCACAUGUGCAAUUACCUGCGUCGGAAGAUCGAAAAGUCGACGCCGUCCCUACCAGUUUUGAGACAGGAGAGCAGUAGCAGCAGCAGUGCAUGGCCCGUGGAACGACGCGUGGCCGAAGCAGAAAAUAACCGAGCGAUGGUGAUAGACAUGAUAGCACACCUUGUGCGUGUCAAGCACACGAACGGCGAAGAAAUCCAUGGAAUAUAUAACAAAUACCUGUAGGCUAUUGCCUCGUUGUGUUCUCUA